AAAUUAUUUUCUGCUUAUAGAUUUCACAUAAGUUGUUUUAUACACUGAGAUGUUCCCAUCAAGGAUUACGUCUGAGUUUUUUAUCCGUCGCGGUAAUAGAGUCGCUCAAGAGAAGUUGACAAGCCUUCGGCAAAAUGGGACUUGCGGACGAUUUGUCGCGAACCCGAGAGAAAUUCGGAUGGCCUCUGAGAAGGUGAGAAGUUUUUAUGCGCCGUCUCGUAUACUUCGAGAUGUCGACACUAAGAAGAAAGAUGCGGACGAUGCUGAGGUGUCUGAAUUACAAGAGGAGCUGGAAAGGUUGCAGAGGGAGAUGAGUGAAAAGCCAGUCUCAAAAGAAAGCAGCGAGCUCGACAGCACUUCCGUCGUGGACGAUGAGAAGGCGCUAGCUGAGAUGUUAAAGAAGCAAGAGGAAAACAUGUCGGGUGAAGGCCAAGCUGCAGAUGCCGCCGUGCUCGAUGAGCUGAUAAAAGAGACAGAACAAGUAACGGGACCAGAAGCUAAAUUAGAGUUUCAGGCGGAGACGCGAAAGCUGUUAGAUAUUGUGGCUCGCUCACUCUAUUCUGAUAAGGAGGUGUUUGUGCGCGAGUUGAUAUCCAAUGCGUCCGAUGCAUUGGAGAAAGCAAGAUUUCUUCGCUUGACAGGUCAAUACCUAUCGGAGCCCGACUUGCCGCUCAAGGUCAUGAUUUCCGCUGAUGGGGAGAGGACGCUGACUAUUCAGGAUACGGGCAUAGGGAUGACCAAAGAGGAGCUGAUUGAGGAUUUGGGGCGCAUUGGCCAUUCGGGUACAGGAGAAUACUUGAAAAUAUUAGAAAGCACACAAUCUUCAAACCUGAUUGGCCAAUUCGGAGUUGGGUUUUACUCUACCUUCAUGGUGGCGAAAAGGAUUAAGGUGUACAGUAGGAGUGCGAAGGAGCCUGAUGCGAAGGGAUACGUGUGGUCAUCUGAUGGAUCGGGGUCUUAUUCUGUAGCAGAAGCGGAGGGUGUUGCUCGCGGUACAAAAGUGAUCAUCGAGCUCAGCGAAGAAUGUGAAGAGUAUGCCAAAAAGCAAACAAUCGAAAAUGUUGUGAAGAAAUACUCAAACUUUGUCGGAUUCGAUAUUUAUCUAAAUGGGGCUCGUGUGAAUACAAUUAAAGCCCUUUGGACCAUGCCGCCCUCUCAGAUUUCUGAAGCCGACCACAAAGAAUUCUAUCAAUUCAUUUCCCAUUCUCACGAUUCACCUAUCUACCACCUUCAUUACUCAGCUGAUUCACCUAUCAAUGUACGAAGCAUUUUUUACAUACCAGAAACGCAUAUGGAGAAGUAUGGCCUCGGCAUAUUGGAGCCUGGCGUCUCUCUGUUUGCACGCAAAGUACUCAUUCAGGCGAAGUGCAAGGGCAUUUUGCCCGACUGGCUGCGAUUCAUCAAGGGUGUGGUCGACUCCGAAGACAUACCUCUCAACCUGUCUCGCGAACUGUUGCAAGACUCUGGGCUAAUCAAGCGUCUAUCAAACGUGCUCACACGCCGCAUCCUGAAAUAUCUGGAUGAAGAAUCUAAACUCGACGAAGACAAGUACAUGAAAUUCUAUCAUGAGUACGCGCAAUUUCUAAAACAAGGCAUAUGUACUGAUAUAAAGUGGAAAGAGGACUUAGCGAAAUUGAUGAGAAUUGAAUCUUCAAAGCACCCGGAGGGCAAGUAUACCUCUUUCGAAGACUACAUCAGCAAUAUGCCCGAAAAGCAAUUGGAAAUCUACUACCUGUGCAUUCCAUCUCGUUCUUACGCAGAGACCUCUCCUUACUUUGAGGCGUUUCAGAAGAGAAAUGUCGAGGUUUUGUUCUUGUACACGAAUAUUGACGAAUUUGUCAUGUCAAAUUUGGCAGAAUACAAAGGAAAAAAGCUAGUCUCAAUUGAAUCUUCGAAUGCGUCUGAGUCCAUCAAGCAAAUAGGCUCUGUAGAAGAGCCAGAGUCGAGCGAGCAGAACGGUGAGGACAGGAAGUUGACAGGAGAAGAGUUCACGAACUUUGCAAACUGGUUGAGAGAAACUUUGGUGACCAGAGUGACAACAGUAGUUGAAACGAGCAGAUUGUCGUCCUUCCCCGCCGUCGUUGUGGACCAUGAGUCUGCCGCAUUUCGCAGAAUGAUGAAAAUGGUCGAUCCCUCUCAUGCACCGACUACACCUAAGGUUCAGCUUCAAAUCAACCCGUCUCACCCAAUCAUCGUCAAGCUCAAUUCAAUCAGGAACGUGGACCCUGAGCUUGCUAGAGAUGUUUCCGAGCAAAUCAUGGAUAACGCCAUGAUUCAGGCGGGGCUCCUAGAUGACAAUCGAUCGAUGGUCCCUCGACUGGUGAAAAUUCUAGAUAGAGCGCUGAAGAAUGCAGAAGGUGCUGAGAGAAGUGGAUAGUAAGGCGCGUGUACGAUCAAACUAUACGCUUAUUUUUGACACAUUCUUCGGAACACAAUUUUGCGGUUUUCGCGCGGUCGAAAGAGCGGAUGCGCACCUACCGAAUAGAACUUUAUGAACUGCCUCAGAGAACAUCGAGUUAGUUCUCUGGUCGCAAGAAGUAAAAGUGUUUUGUACACAAAA